UCAUAUGGAGCAGUGUCUCUAGAUCCCAUUCAUAUGUAUUUUUGAUCCCAAAAUAUGGAAACUAACUGAACCUAUACAUGUCAAGGAGUGUCUCUAGAUCACCUGAACUACGACGCCGUUCCAUUUCUUUGGAUAGGAUGAAACCUUCUCCAAGAAGGCAAUCUCUUGCGCCUCGGCCUAAGUGUUCACCUCGCAGAACCCCGCCUGGACGGAAAUCUUACAGGAGAAGAUCUAGAUCACAAUCACCCCACAGAUCACACUCUCAUGUAUGUCGUAGACUGCAAUCUCCUUAUCAAUACAGAUCCCAUUCACUUGUGUGGCAUAGAUCCCCAUCUCCUGUUCAACGAUUAUCACUUGCUAGACAUGGCAGAACUCCAUUACCUUCUAGACGUGGCAGGUCUCCAUCACCUUCUAGACGUCCCAGGUCUCUGUCACCUGCUAGAUGUUGCAGAUCUCCAUCCCCUGCUAGACUUCGCAGGUCUCCAUCGCCAGGGCAUUGCAGACCACCCCGAAGAUCACCCUCUCCUGUGCAUCGACGACAUCAAAGAUCUCCUACUCCAUGUCACAGGUCACCUUCUCCAGUGCAACAUAGACGACCUCCUUUGGGCCAAAGGAGAUCAUUGACAACUUCUCAGGGUAUAUCUCCUUCACGUUAUGGAUUAAGUUCUCCAUCUUCUGCUCAACAUGGGUCCCCUUCAUCCAGAUUGCCUCUAGAAUCUCCACGAGAAGGACAUAGACUGCAGGAAAGAUCAUCCCUGAUUACACAUAGGCCUUCUAGCAUGAUGUCGCUGCAGCCAGAUCUAAGGAAUCAGAAAGAAAUACAAAAUAAAGUUUCAGUUUUGUCUUCAUCACCAGAAAAAUCUCCAAUUGUUCUUGAAUUGGCAUCUAAAACAAAGAGGAGAACUGCUAGUGAAGAUGGAAGGUAAUAUCUUCAUUAAUCUGUGUGUCAGAUGUCUUAGUCUCA